AUGUCUUGUUCUCAUCCAACUGCUCCUUCAUGUUGGCAACACGAUGGGAGAUGGUGGAAACUGACCACCAAUGAUGACACCAAUCCUGGAUUCAUAAGCAUUGAUUGUGGAGCCGCUCAUGAUUACGUAGACAAGGACACGGGCAUAUGGUAUCAGACAGAUACAAACUUUGUAGAAACCGGUACAAAUUCUACUGUUCUCCCAACUAUUAACUUUGAUUAUCCUUAUUUUGGAGGACUUCUAAACACGUUGAGAAGCUUCCCAGAAGGAAAAAUGAAUUGCUAUACCCUCAAACCAAAACAAGGCAAGAACCAUACUUAUCUUAUCAGAGCUUACUUUGCUUACGGCAAUUAUGAUGGUAAAAAUCAAACUCCAACCUUCGACUUGUACCUUGGCGUCAAUCAUUGGGACACUGUUUAUGUUAGAAAUAACAAUGAUUAUCACAUUACUGAGAUUAUUCAUACCCCCAACAACAACACAGUACAUGUGUGCCUUGUAAAAACUGUUGUGGGAGUACCUUUCAUUUCUGCAUUGGAGCUUCGACCUCUCAGCGAUGCUAUUUAUCAAACAUCUUCACCUUCUCAAUCAAUUUAA